GAUACGUUCAGUUCACCACUGUAAUCACACGAUAAGGCUUCACAAGCGACAGGGGGUAGGCAGAGAUAUGGAGGAGGAGAAACCCUGACUUUGGAGGCAUCUGUGAACAAGAUCGGAUGAACAUUGCGGUCGACCAUUAGCAGGUAUCAUUUCACCCUUGAGGAUACCGCAACGGUGUAUGACCGAUGCGAAUUACGCUCGCCGAAUCAAGCAUCCGAGCGCAUAUGAAGACAACGUAGACUACAUACACGGAGGCCCAUCUCCACCAUGCUUUCCCGCAACCUGCGUACGGCUGCUGUGGACUUGCCUGGGGUGGGAUCCAGGGAUGUGCCUCUCAUCGGCUACCGGCCCCUGCAGCCCGACACAGACCGACCCUGCGAUGGGUCAGGCAAAACACCAGACACAAAGCAAACUGACACUACACCGGUGGAGCCUUCACCCAUGAAAACGACGUGGUACUGCCCGCUGGACCUGUCGACGGUGUCUGAAGAGGAGGAGGAUGGCAUCAUGUACACGGUGGUGGUGAAGCAACAGCAUGGCCCCCCCUCUGGUCCUCUGUCGCCCAGGUCCCGCUCGCGGUGCGUGAAGGCCGGCACGGAAGAGAAGCUCGUCCUCCACCUCCUGCACGCCUACUCCGUGGGCGACUCCUCCUUCGUCUCCAUCUUCCUGUCCACGUACCGCUCCUUCACCACCACGGAGAGAGUGCUGGGCAUCCUCGCCGACAGAUUAGAAUGCCCGCCGGGUGAGAGCACGAGGACGCAGACAAGACAGGCCUUCAACAAGGCGGUGUGCAGCAUCUUCAGCACGUGGCUGAGCGAGUACCCCGAGGACUUCCGCUCCCUGGGGGACGCGGCGUCUCUGCUGCGCGUGGCCCCCCUGUUGCCCAGCGACCCGGCGGGGGCCGAGCUGAGGGGCCGCGUGCUGCGGGUGGCCGAGGAGCUGAGCGAGAGGGAGCUGCUCUCCGGACCGCCCAGAGACAGGGGUCUGUCGGUGAGUUCCACAGGCGACAGGACACAAUUUGAUGCCUCCCACAUCCUGGGCUUCCCCGCCGACGUGAUCGCUGAACAGCUCACUAAGAUCGAGACAGAGCUGUUUCUGCAGCUGGUGCCCUACCACUGCCUGGGCUCGCUGUGGUCCCAGCGGGACAAGAAGGGGCGCGAGGGCCAGUGCUGGUCGGUGCGGGAGACGGUACGGCAGUUCAACCGGCUGGCCAAUGCCGUCAGCGCCUCCUGCCUGUGGCGGACGGACCUGCGCAGCCAGCAGCGGGCCCGGCUGGUGGAGAAGUGGAUCAGCGUGGCCGAGGCCUGUCGCGCCAGAAAGAACUUCUCCUCCCUCUAUGCCAUUGUGUCGGCGCUCCAAAGUAACCCCUUGCACAGACUAAGAAGGACUUGGCAGGAAACUGACAGGGAGGCGGUAAAACGAUACGAGGAGCUGUCGUCCAUAUUCUCCGAGCGAGACAACUACUCACAAAGCCGCGAGCUCCUCAAGGAGGAGGGCACUUCCAAAUUCACAAACCUGGACUCAAAGUCCAGUGCUCAGGGCACGGUGCCUUACCUGGGCAUCUUCCUCACUGACCUCACCAUGCUGGACACGGCUGUAAAGGACAAACUGGAGAAUGGCUACAUCAACUUUGACAAGAGAAGGCGGGAGUUUGAGGUUCUCGCCCAGAUUCGUCUGCUGCAGUCGUCCUGUAAGAACCGCACCUUCACCUCAGAUGAGGGCUUUCUGUACUGGUACCACAGUGUACCCUCGCUUAGCGAAGAGGAGAGCUACCGAUUAUCUAAUCAGAUUGAAGCUCCCUGUGAGCCCAGCCCUGCCCGCAGUGUGAACCCUACUGUGAUCAUCACCCAGUGUCCCAACUCAAACUCUGCUGUGUGCAAUGCUUCAUUGGAGGAUGGAUUGUUUGACUUCCCUUCACCCGUCAACCAACUCUUGUCCAAGUUGGCAAAGCACAUGAAAUCCCCAUCUGUCUCCUGCCUGGAUGUUGAUUCCUCCCCUCCUGUACCAGCUGACCACGCCCCCAUUGCACUGACGCCAUCCACACCUGUCAAAUCACACCGCCGGUCCGUCUCUUGCGGCAACAAUCCCACCAGUAACAACCAAGGGUCGGGGCCCGACAUGCGAAUCAUCCGGAUACGCAUGGAUCUGCAAGAUGGAAAUUUGUACCGAAGCAUUCUGGUUACCAGUAAUGACAAAACUCCCUCGGUAAUCCGCUCAGCAUUAGAGAAGCAUAACCAAGACCCCACUGAAGCCUCCAAAUACGAGCUCAUCCAACUGCUGCCGGAGGGGAAAGAGCUGACCAUUCCUGCCACAGGAAAUGUCUUCUACGCCAUGACCUCAUCGAGUGUCGACUUCCUGCUGCGGCGACGCAGUGGAAGCCCGCCGGCCGGCUCCCUGUCCAUCUCCACGGAGACCAGCGCCACCUUCCCGCGGGUCAAAAACAAAGCUCACCGGCUGUGCCGCACCCUCUUCUGAUGCCCCCACGCCGCCGUGCCCACAUCCAAGUAUUCACAAGUGGCCUACCAGGACACGGGGCGUGUGUGGUCCAGGCCCAGGCCCACAGAGUGAUCCAGUUCUUCCUCAGCACAACCGUUGAGCCGUGAGGUGAAGCUAAUCAGCUGGCCGCGAGUAUGAAAGAAUGAGGCAAAAGCCCUGGACGUUCCCAUUGGACCCUGACCAAUUCAAACUCUGCCAAGUACCGAGAGCCCAAGUACUGACUUAAAGAGGAAGUCAACAUAGGAGAUGUAUAAGUAGGAGUGAGACAUAUUUUUGAGGACCAGCUCAGUAUAUAUAGUAUAUAUAUUAUAUAUACAGUAUAUAUUAUUUUAAUGAAACACAUUUCAUAUGCCUUGUUUCUUUUACUAGGGACAGUUGCAAUGACCCUAAUCGAGAGGUUUUCAUUAAGAUGGAUGAGAAGUUCAAGAGGUUCUUAAUGAAGCUGUUUUGUGUCCAGAGAGCCACCUGUUUGCCCUCAGAAUCAGUCAGAGAUCGUGUUUUACUUCCUGCAGUAGGAUAGCACAGGUGAACUAACUGCAACAUUACACUAAUCUAAUGGUGAGCACUUACAGAUGGUACGGCGGACUCCUCCAUUGACAUUUACCUGAUCUCUGCACUGUUCUGGAUGCGCCUCACCAUCCAUGUUACUGAACCAAAGUCUAAAAUAUGCAUUAUGUUUCAACCAUCAUGAAGUACAUUACAUUUCCGCUAAGUACUUGAAGCACUGCCGGCAAAGCUUUGACAAAAUAUUCAUCUGCACAAUUUUUUUUUUUAAAGAAUAUGCAAAUAUUGGUUAAAUAGAUUUAUGUAAAAAAAAAUACACUUGAGAGCAACACAAGCUGAUAUGUAUAUAAUGCCUUAUUUGGGGUGUAGUUGAAACUGUUGAGGAACAGUUGUCGUUGGUUUGCUGUUAGGCUCUGGUGACACCUGGCUGCCUUUUACUGUGGUGCUGUUGACGUCUCUCUCCUGAGACUGAGGCUUUAAGAAGGGCUAGGAAGAGGAGACAUUCCUGUUUCUGUGUGUGUAUGUAUGUGUGUGUGUGUGUGUUCUGUUUGUCCCCUGUUGUUGCCUGUAGUCUGUUGUGGUUAAGUGCCUUGUGUUCUCAGGUGCCCUUGCCUUCAUGCAUGCUUUGAACUGCACAUGGUCAGAGUUCAAAGGUCAAGAGUAAUUUCUGUACAGUAUAAUGUGUCUAUGACCAAUGAUUAUGCACUACAGUACGUACUACCUGGUCUUGAUGUACAAUAAAGUUAUGUUUUGAUACCAUA